UUUAUCAACGGUGUCAAGUAUGCUUGCGCCACCUGUAUCAAGGUAUGUACUCCAAAUAGCAACCCAUCCCCCUCCCAAAUCGAUACGAUUGGAACAGUGUGAAUUGAAUGCAUAGAUUAUCUUUUUUUUUAGGGUCAUCGUUCUUCGCAGUGCAACCAUGGCGAUCGGCCCUUGUUCGAAAUUCGUAGAAAAGGACGUCCUGUGACCCAGUGCUCUUAUUGCAGAGACCUGAGAAAAACCAAGCAGAUCCACAUCAAAUGCGUGUGCAGUGAACAACAAAAGAAAGGUGAGUCGUCGGUAUUUUUCUUUUGAUUCUCCUUUCGGAGUUUGUUAAUGAGUGAGGUUGGACUGAAUCCAAGUGGCAUUGAAAUUCCAGCUGAAGCGUCGUCGUCAUGCCAUCGGUGUCCAGCAGCGACAUUAGAACGAUGUACGUGUCCAGAAAAAGCCAGUCUGAGACUUCGAACCAAAGAAGAGGUUCCCUGUAUUCAGACAUCCUCAUCGCCGUCGACUUCAUCUGUCUCGCCUGAUCGCACGUCGCCCAUUCCUUCCGUGUCAUCCAGCGACUUUUACUCUUGGGCUUUAAUCAAUCCAACGUGUACCCCGAAACGUAUCAACGAUGAAAAUGUGAACAUGGGAUACGUCUUCCAGAAACCGACGUCCACACGAUUCUUGGAAGGCCGUCCCCGAAGCCCACGACGCCGUUUAUCGUUGACCAAAGGCCAUCGGUCUUUAUCGCCUGCCCAAGUCACGUCUUUCAGUUCAUCCACCCUCACCUGUCAGGUGCCCAUGACCCUGGCGACGGAAGUGAACAAUGAUAUGCUGAUUGAUUUACAGUCGUUGGACUAUGAUUUAAGUGCGUUGACAGAGGAUGAUGGGACGCUGGCGCAUGAUCCGACGAUUCGGUUCGUCGAAUCUCAACAAUCACCGCCGAGCUCGCUGUUGCCGGAAGAUGAGAAUGAGCUUUCAAGAUUACUCCGCAAUGUUUUGAACGAUAAAUCUUCUGCCACUUGCACACAUGUAAACACUGUCGCUUCCAAACCCGCCCCUGUCGAUGCAGCUGACUUUACGCAUCCGCAGCAACAUCAUUCGCAAACACCACCUUCGUCGCAACAACAACAACAGCAGCAGCAGCAGCAACAGCAGGCAUCCCUGCCUUUUUCAUCGCCACAAAAGACGCAGGUAGGGUUCUGUGGUAGUCUGAAUCCUCACAACAGCUGCUGUCCUGCUGGCCCUGACAGUCAAGGUGAAACGGUGGUGAUUACCAUUACGCCGCUUCCUAAAUUGGGCGACAUGAACAAGCAACAAAUGACGUCGAUUUCUACAACCACAACCACAACCUUGACUCGGUUUGUUACGUGUUACUGUGGAAGCGCAUGUGCUUGUCCCGGCUGUUUUGUUCAUCCCGGCAACUUUUUUCUUGGCAAUGAUGCCCUCGACCCAUAUGCAGGACUGUUCCCCCAAUCCACCGUCCUUUCCUCGUCUUCCAAUUCAUCCCUGUACAGCUCCGAUGAUGAAGAACGCAAAUAUCACCCUUGAAUAGAACGUGCACCAGUUUCCACUCACACAGGAAACACAAAAACAAAAAUACACACCCGCCUUGCUUUUUUACAUCCCUCCUCAAAAAGAAAAAAUUGUUUCGUUUUUUGUAACUUGCAAAGAAAAAAAUUUACUAAAAAAGUUCUCAUGCAGAUGAACU